CCCCUGGGGGUCAGGGGCGGAGCCUGAUUAUAAACGGAGUGUUGGAAGCAAACCUCCCCUCAGAGGGCGUCUGGAACGCGAACCAAGCUGAACUAAGCUGGGGAAUCCUGUUCUUCCACGUGGCAGCUCAGCAUGAUGAAUCAAGCCAGAGCAACGUUCUCGAACUUGUUUGGUGGAGAACCAUUGUCAUACACCCGGUUCAGUCUGGCUCGGCACGUAGAUGGAGAUACCAGUCAUGUGGAGAUGAAACUGGCUGCAGAUGAGGAAGAAAAUGCUGACAGCAUGAGGGCCAACGCCAAAGCACCGAGAAGGUGUGUCAAAAGCAUCUGCUAUGGGGCUAUUGCCAUCACCAUUUUUUUCUUGAUUGGAUUUCUGAUCGGGUACCUGGGCUACUGUAAACGUAUAGAACCAAAGGCUGAGUGUGAGAGUCCAGCAGUCAUGGAUGCGAUGAACGGGUCAGAAGACCCGGAGCCAGGGGAUGAAGAGUUCAGCUCUGAAGCCUCUCCUCGCUUGUACUGGGAAGACCUCAAAAAAAUGUUGUCAGAGAAACUCAGCAAUGCAAAGUUAAGCGACACAGUCAAACAGCUGAAUGAAGAUGCAUACGUCCCUCGUGAGGCUGGUUCUGAAAAAGAUGAAAAUCUCGCCUAUUUUGUUGAGAAUCAGUUUAAUGAAUAUAAACUUAGCAAAGUCUGGCGAAAUGAACACUAUGUUAAGAUUCAGGUAAAAAACAGCACUGCUCCAAACUCUGUGACUGUGACAGAUGCAAAAGGUUUGGUGUACCUGGUGGAGAAUCCUGAGGGCUAUGUGGCGUACAGUAAGGCUGCAACCGUUAUUGGUAAACUGGUUCACGCUAACUUUGGCACUAAAAAGGACUUUGAGGAUUUAAACACUUCUGUGAAUGGAUCUUUAGUGAUUGUAAGAGCAGGGGAAAUCACUUUUGCAGAAAAGGUUUCAAAUGCUGCAAGCUUAAAUGCACUUGGUGUCUUGAUAUACCUGGACAACAUUAAAUUUCCCAUCACUAAGGCAGACCUUCCAUUCUUCGGUCAUGCUCAUCUGGGAACAGGCGACCCUUACACCCCUGGAUUCCCUUCUUUCAAUCAUACCCAGUUUCCACCAUCUCAGUCAUCUGGAUUGCCUACUAUACCUGUCCAGACCAUCUCCAGAGAGGCUGCAGAAAAACUCUUUAGAAAUAUGGAAAGAGAGUGUCCCAGUAACUGGAGAACAGAACUUGCAUGUCGGUUGCAGACGAGUCAGGAAAGGAGUGUGAAGCUCGUUGUGAAUAAUGUACUGAAAGAGAUAAGAAUUCUUAACAUCUUUGGCGUUAUUAAAGGUGUUGAAGAGCCAGAUCACUAUGUUGUAGUGGGGGCCCAGAGGGAUUCCUGGGGUCCUGGAGCUGCGAAGGCCAGCGUGGGAACUGCUCUUUUGUUGGAACUUGCCCGGACAGUCUCAGAUAUGGUCUUAAAAGGUGGAUUUAAGCCCCACAGAAGCAUCAUCUUUGUCAGCUGGAGCGCUGGAGACUUUGGAGCUGUCGGUGCCACUGAAUGGCUAGAGGGAUACAUUACCUCUUUACAUUUAAAGGCUGUCACUUACAUUAAUUUGGAUAAAGCUGUUCUUGGUACUACAAACUUCAAGGUUACUGGCAGCCCAAUGUUGUAUAAACUUAUUGAAAAAACAAUGCAAGAGGUGAAGCAUCCACUUACUGGGGCAUCUCUAUAUAAGGAUAGCAAUUGGGUCAACAAAGUUGAGAAACUUUCUUUUGACAAUGCUGCUUUCCCUUUCCUCGCAUAUUCUGGAAUUCCAGCAGUUUCUUUCUGUUUUUGUGAGGACAUGGACUAUCCUUACUUGAGUACCAAGCUGGACAGCUAUGACAUGCUGAUGCAGGAAAUUCCUCAGUUGAACAAAGUGAUGUGUGCAGCAGCGGAGGUGGCUGGUCAGAUCCUGAUUAGACUGACCCAUGAUUUUGAAUUGAACCUGGACUACGAGGUUUAUAACAGCAAAAUGCUUUUGUUUGUGAAAGAACUGAUGCAGUAUGCAACAGACAUAAAGGAGAUGGGGCUGAGCCUGCAGUGGCUGUAUUCUGCUCGUGGAGACUUCUUCCGUGCGACUUCCAGGCUGACAACAGAUUUCCACAAUGCUGAGAGAACAAACAGGUUCAUCAUGAAGGAGUUAAAUGAUCGUAUUAUGAAAGUGGAGUACCACUUCCUGUCACCCUACGUGUCCCCGAGGGAGUCUCCUUUCCGGCACAUCUUCUGGGGCUCUGGCUCUCACACUCUGCAAGCGUUACUGGAGAACUUGAAGCUGCGUAAGGAAAAUAAGGCUGUUUUUAACGAAACGCUCUUUAGGAACCAGUUGGCUCUGGCUACUUGGACAAUUCAAGGUGUUGCAAAUGCCCUCUCUGGUGACAUUUGGGAUAUUGACAAUGAGUUUUAAAUAUCAUCACAAGCAUAACAAACAUAAGAAGAACAGGGUAUUCUGAUUUUUAGACUUGUACUGGUUGUGCUAAAUUUUCUGUAGGGCUACAAAACCUAAUGUUACAAUUCUAUCUAGUCAUCUUGGUAAUACUAGAUGUCUUUAGGCAGAGCUUUGAAUACUGGCUAGGUCCCUGCAAUUCAAGUUAAAGUGAAUAACCACUUUAAAAAUUUUCCUCUGAUUAUCUCUAGAAUUUGAAGUGCUUUUUAAUGCAACUCUCUCUUUGUGUCCUUUGCUGAAAAUGUGGGGACCAGUUACAUGAACUAUUGCUAUAAAUCCCAAGGACAUGGGCUGAUGUCUUUUGAGAUGGGAGGAGAAGGUGUGUCUUGGAAUUCAAAGUGGUAGCUCAGUGAGAUCCUCCCAUCAUUCUGCACACGAAACACACGCCUCUCCGUAAGGACACAGCUGGUCUCCGCAUCCCUGAGUGAAACAGUUAACUUUUAGAGAGAGAGGACUUGUUUCCUUGCCUACAAGACCUGAAACAGAGGUCCUUCCGCUGGGUCAAAUGAGGUUCAACUGUUUAUUGCAGGAGUAAGGUCUUAAUGUGGGAAUUUCUAUAUUAUUUUAAAAGUGGAGACCAGACACCAAAGAGUUUUAGUAUAAUCGUUUUUCCUGUGACCUGCUUCAUAGCCUUUGUUUAGUUCUUUGAUUUUUUUCCCCAAAGUUCUGAAAGAGAACCAGUCUUUUAGGCAUUUUAGACUCAGAUUGUCAGACUUUAAAGAACACAUUGCCAAAUUUUGGCCAAAGUGUUAAUCUUUUGGGAAAGCUUUCUAUCGUUUUGGCACUGAGAUAUUUAUUGUUUAUUUAUCAGUGACAGAGUUCACUAUAAAUGUUUUUUUAAUAGAAGAUAAUUAUCGGAAGCAGUGCCUUCCAUAAUUAUGACAGUUAUACUGUCGUUUUUUUUUUAAAUAAAAGCAGCAUCUGCUAAUAAAACCCAACAGAUACUGGAAGUUUUGCAUUUAUGGUCACACUUGAGAGUCUUAGAAUCUAACAGCCACAAGCCAAAUAAUAUUGUAAUGCUAAGAAUUGGGAAAAAAAAUCAAAUUAGCAUUGCUAAUAAGAUAAACUUCUGUUUAACGGGCCAAAUAAAAUUGUUAGCUCUCCUAAAUGCAACGAAUUGCGACCACGUUAUAAAUGAAUGUCACUUAAAGGCUGUGGUAGUACUCAUGUAUAUAAAGUUUUACUGUUCAAUUUGUCUAUGGUAUAACUUAAAUUCCAGUUUUGCAAAAUUUCCAGUACCUUUGUCACAAACCUAACUGACAUUAUCGGGAGCAGUGUCUUCCAUAAUGUGUAAAGAACAAGGUAGUUUUUGCCUACCACAGUGUCUAUAUCGGAGACAGUGCUCUCCAUAUGUUACACUAAGGGUGUACGUAA